ACCGAUGUGGGAGCACGUGCCGCGCUCUCCGCUCCACAAGACGAACGCGCGCUCGCGAGUGUGUUGCACUAGAACUGAGUUUAUUUGAGAACUUUGUUUUGAUUAGUGUGUCUGGUGAACAUGAGGUGUUUAGUGCUGGUGUUGUUGGCUGCGCCGGCGCUGGCGGCGGCGGCCGGCGUGCCGUGCGCCCUGGCCGGCGACUUCCUCCAGCGGCACAACGUAACAGCUGAUGAUGACUAUGUAUCAGGUGAAAUCUGCGGCGGCCAGUGUUGCGGACGAGGGCGUGAAGUGCAGCUGCAAUCUGCACUGCGCCGCGCAGCCGAGGCCACCACUACUGCACCAGUGCAGCGGACUGCCAGCCUGCUGCUAAAUACUAAGCAGUCGUUACAGGACCAUCUAACGGGGCUGUCACACCAAUCACAGAACAAGACAGCGACGCUUUUCACGCAGCUCUACCGAGGGCACGCGACACGAACCGUCCAGCCUCUCGCAACAUUAUACGAUGACAUCCGAACGGUUCUCCGAGCUGAAGGGGUGACCAGCGAGAGCCUCAGUGCGGGCCCGCCGAAAGACCUCACAGCCACGGCGAAGAAGUUCUUCAGAGAUCUCUUCCCAGUGGCGUACCAUAAUGUACUGAAGUUAGACUCGAAGCAGUUCACGCCUGAGUAUGAAGUCUGUUUGAAAGAUGCGUAUGAUGCAGUCCAGCCCUUUGGAGAUGUGCCGCAACAGCUGGGUACGUCACUGUCGCGGUCACUGGAAGCGGCGCGCGCGCUUCUACAAAUGUUGGCAGUAGGUGCUGAUGUACUCUCGUCUGCUGAGCGAGUGCUGGCCACUGGUACUGACAACUGUGCUGAGCGUCUACUGAGGGCGGCCGGCUGUGCGCACUGCCAGGGACACGAUGUCAGGCCUUGUAGGAGCUACUGUCUCAAUGUGGUUAGAUGGUGCAUUGGUUCCCUGGUGUCGGAGCUGGACGCUCCCUGGGCUGGCUACGUGGAGGGAGUCGAGAGGCUCACCAAAGUAGACGCAGACGUUGCCCUCAGAGAACUAGAAACUAAAGUCUCUAAAGCUAUCAUGUACGCGCUCGAGAACAGAGCCGUCUCCGAAAACAAGGUUCGUCAAGAAUGUGGUCCCCCAGCCACAAUGGACAGCCCAGUUCUAUCAUCAGCCAUCCCCACUCCGGGUUCAAUUCGUCGCGACAACCUUCGAGCGCCACCACCAGACACAGAACUGCUUUUAUUUGCAGCCACCCUCGCGUCGAAUAAGAAGCUCUUUGCUGGACUAGCGGACCGAGUGUGUGACAAACCUGACUUCGCUGCUGAGGAGAAUGAGCGCUGUUGGAAUGGCAACGCUAUUGCUGAUUACACGAAGCCCCUAACGUUAUCGUCUUCACCGAGUGAUCAGAAGUACAACCCUGAGUCCACGGGAGACGCACCCAAGGAUGCAAGAGUCGCCGUCUUGGCUGACAGGCUGCAGCAGGCUAGACAGUUACUAGUAUCAUACUCCCGCAGUAAGGAGCUGUCAGCCGAGGCGUUCAUGCAAGGCGACGAGGCUGGUGAAGAAGGGUCAGGCUCCGGCCGCAGCUACCCUGAGGAUUACGACUCCGAAGGUUCCGGAGGAGAGGAUGGCUCCGGAGACCACGAUGGAAUAAGCAAAACGUACAACAACGAGUCUCCACCGGACUCGUCAACGCCGAAGGUGUUCAACGCAGCGGGAACAACGUCCAGUGCGUCAGUGUUGGUGCUACUGCUGGCUGCCCUCGCCGCGCGUCUCACCUAAGCGACGCAGCGCACGUAAGAAUAACCAUAUCAUUGUGAAGGCGAGUGAACGAGUGACUGACUGGCUCUCGCGCACGGACCCCACCCCUCGUGCUGUCCCGCUCACACGUGCGUGGCGCGAGCGGGACGGGUGACGCGUCGCAGUGCGCGAGCCACAUAGUGUAGUGACGUAACAAAGACACGAGAGUGACGCGUUCGUUGUAGCUAGUCGUAAAGUACGGUAGUGUCCGAUGCCAGAUUUCCGCGUAUUUACAAACAUAUUUUAUAUCGAAAUGUCAAUGCACGCCACAAUCCCCGAUGCAUUUAAGAUAUUUUAACGUUUGUAAUUGUACAGUGCAUAUCCCAGUAACGUGUACAGUGCAUAUCGAUGUUGUCUUCAUUUUGUAAAUAUUUUUUUGAAGAAUCUUCUUAGUAUUAGGUGGAAAUAUACAUUGUAAUGGAAGCUUUACUAUACUUCUGCAUUUAAAACUUGGAGGUGAUCGUGAAAUUUAUUGUCAUAAUAAUAAUAAAUUAUUUGAGAAAUCUUUAAUCAUUGUUGAACACUAGCUGAUUGGCAAUAAUUUUAUUAAGAAAAAUGUAUAACGAUUAGAAGCGAGUGAUAACUCUUAAAUAAGGAUUCUGUGUACAGAUUGUGUAAAUACCUGAAAUCCUACUGGUCUAGGUGCUUAGCUAGUAAAUAUAUUUCGUUGCCAUAUUAAUAUUACGGAUAUUAUUAUUUAUAAUAUUAAUUAAGUCAUAAUUUAAACUAAUAUUAUGUUAUGUGAUACUGAUUAGUUUGUAAGUUGUAUUGUUUUAAUAUAAUUGGUUUAUUCAUUCAUGUAACGACUAAAUACUAAAUAUCGAACACCUGAAUGCAAUAUAAAGUUCCAUCUUAACAAGAUAGACUAAAAUAACAUUACUAUAUAAAUAGCUGUAUGUUUGUUGUGUAUAAUUUAUUUACUGCAGGCCUUAAUACCCAUGUUUAUUCAGAUAUAUAAAUAUUUAGUUUCCAGUAUCAAUAAACCAGUAUAAGUAGGUAAAAUAAAAUGACAAGAAAAAAAAAACAUAAAAUAAAAAUAUAAGUUAUAUGUAGCAAUAAAUACGUUUGUAAAUUGCUUUAAAGAUUAGUGAAUAUAUAAUGAAGUGUUGCGGUCAUGUAAUGGCUGCGUUUUGUAUGUAUCGUAGAUAUGAGGUGUUGACGCGAGGACCACACGGAAUGUGGGGAACUGUCGCUACUAAUAAUUAGAAAUGAAGAAAAAUUUCAAUAAUGACCACAGUUUCAAAUAAAAACUCGUAAAACUUAUUUCACAGUGCGCCAACAUUAAUUUAAAAAUAUUAAAAAAAAAAAAGUUUUUUGUCAACCUGUAUAGUAAAAUUUUAAUUUUCUUUCACUGUUUGACGCCUCUUAGUUUCUCGAGAAACUCGAGAAUUUUGAUCAGUAUCAAAUGUUUUUCAGAUAAAUGUCAUCUGUUAGCGAAAAAAGAAAAGCGAAUGUUUAAUUAUUUCACGAAAAAUAAAAUAAUAUUUGAAUAGAAUUUAAUUCAGAUAUUGUUAUUUGUAAACUUAAAAUAAGAAAGAGUGUACAAACAUUGAUAAUAACUUUCAUUCUUUCAUAAAAUCUGAAAAUUCCGCUGUAUAAAUAAAUAUAUUGUUCAAACAAAGUUGGGUGCACAUACUUUUAUAGCGCGACAUUUUAUCAUCCACGAAAAUGCAAUUUUACAACCUUACACAGGGUGUUUGUUUUACGACGAUCUUUUUCCCUAACAUAGCCCAAAAUGGGUAAGCAAUUUAAUUCUUACUUCAGUAUAUAUUCGGGGUCAAGGUCGAACUAUUUGCAUCUGUUAUAUCAUAGACGGUAUCGUAAAACAAAAGCCUUUUGUCACACAUUGUAUUGUAUUGAGCAAGUGAUGCAAUACUUGGGUCAUUACACAUAAUACUAUGUAUUGUUUAAUGAUGAUGUAUUUCAGAGGUAUAUUGAGAACCUACAACGAUUUACAUAGCUAUAUUAACAGUCGUAAAUGUGCACCCUAAAUUACAUUCAAAUAUAUAGCUUUUACAAAGACAAAAUGUAGCGACACGACACCCAAACUCAAUGUAAAUAUUGUUGGAGAGUAUAUAGAGUGGAACCGAGACAAUUGCUGUUAUAUCUGAGUAUAUAAUAUGGAAAUAAAUUCUGUACUAUA